AUGAUCUUAACGGUCUCUUCCAAUCUAGUAAUUCUGUGGUUCUGUGAUGUGCCACCUCCCCUUCUGAACCAUUAUGCCCAUAAAAUUCAGAAAUACAAGGACAAUUAUGUUUCGUUUGAUGGCUUCACUACACACAAAUUUUCUUACCAGGGGUGUGCUGGUCAGCCAACCAAGCUUCCAGAAUCAUACCAGACAAAGCUUUGCCCUGUCCCUUUCUCCACUACAAUUGAAUUUCAGGAAAAGCACAAAGCUUGACUACAGCCUCCUGUAUUCAUCAGAAAACCUGAUGCAUAUCUUCCUCCUCUGAAGUAAAUGGACAUUCAUGCCACUACUUGGACAAAUUGGAAGCACCCAAGAAAGCCAGCCAAGAUGUACCAAGCUUUGGCCCAGCUUAAUAAAAUUACUGAACCAUUUAAUAGCACUUCUGUAGUGAAGGAAGACUAUGAGCCUUGGCUAUGAGAUAGACUAUAACCUAUCACUCAUGCUCCGACUUUCCCAGCAAAACCAGUAGAUUUCUUGACUACAUUUUGGAUCCAUCAUGGACCUCAUUCACUCACAGUUAUGUAAACCCAUAAAUCUGUCUGGUCAGGCCCAAAGAAUGCCACUCUCCUAGAUGCUAAAACAACCUACACUGCCAGUUACACACCAAAGGGCAUUGUUAGAUGCCUGGCCCCUUACAAAAACCCACCCAGUUACACCUUUGAGAAAACUGAUGCUGACAGCUUGAUUUUGUUUAUAACCUUCUUUUAA